AUGGUGACAGAGAUUUUUCUUGUGGGGUUCGGCCAUCUGCAACACAUAAAAAAUGUUAUUUUUGUUUUGUUCCUCAUCGCUUAUCUGGCCACAGUAACAGGGAACAUGUUAAUUAUAACGUUGAUAUCUGCCAGUCCAAGGCUCCAUUCUCCCAUGUACUUCUUUCUUAGUCAUUUAUCUGCCUGUGAAAUAUUGAAUACCACCACGAUCAUACCUAACAUGUUGUACAUUUUAUGGCUGAAUGGAGGUUUGAUGUCAUUCUAUGGCUGUAUCAUCCAAUACUACCUAGGAUCCGUAACAGGAAAUAUAGAAUUUUUUCUCUUAACUGUUAUGGCGUAUGACAGGCAUUUGGCCAUUUGCAACCCUUUGAGAUACUCUUCCAUCAUGAACAAGAACACUCAGAACCAUCUGGUGGCUUGGGCUUGGGUGGCUGGUUUUACAAUGAUGUUCGUGUUGAUAAUUACGAUCUGCCACCUACAGUUCUGUGGUUCAAACACUAUUGACCAUUUCUAUUGUGACCUAGAUCCACUUCUGCAGCUGUCUUCUUCAGACACAUCUCUCAUGGAUAUGGAACUCAUCUUCAUAACCAUCUUUUUUGGCAUUGUCCCAUUUGUCUUGGUCACGGUCAGCUAUAUCUCCAUAUUUUCCACCAUCUUGAGAAUUUCUUCAAGGUCCGGGAGACAAAAAACCUUCUCAACAUGCAGUUCACAUCUAAUGUCUGUUUUCAUGUACUGUGUAUCAAUAUGUGUUACGUACUUGGUUCCUUCUCAGCAAUUGAAGAGGGUAAGCAAGUUUACCUCUCUGUUAUACACUGUUGUGACUCCUCUUUUGAAUCCAUUUAUUUAUAGUUUAAGAAAUCAAGAAAUGAUUGAUUGUUUUAAGUAUCAUUUUAAACUCAUUAAUAAAGGGUAA